CCCGUCUCCAGACAGAAAGCAUGGCGGCAGUGGAAACUCGGGAAUGCGAGACGGAGGGUUGCAGUAAAGAGGCGAAACUCCAGUGCCCGACCUGUAUCAAACUCGGCAUCCAAGGCUCAUAUUUCUGUUCUCAGGAAUGCUUCAAAGGUGGUUGGGCCACACACAAACUGCUUCACAAGAAAGCUAAGGAGGAUAAAACAAAGGAUGAGGGACAGAAUUGUGUUGAGAAGGAGACCAACACAGACCCCUGGCCUGGCUACCGUUACACUGGCAAGCUGCGUCCUCAUUACCCGCUGACACCCCUGCGGCUUGUCCCUAGUCAUAUCCAGAGACCAGACUAUGCUGAUCACCCUCUGGGGAUGUCGGAGUCAGAGCAGACUCUGAAAGGCACAUCACAGAUUAAGAUUCUCAAUGCUGAAGACAUUGAGGGAAUGAGGGUGGUUUGCAGGUUGGCUCGAGAAGUGCUGGACAUUGCUGCCAUGAUGGUGAAACCGGGAGUCACAACAGAAGAGAUAGACGUCAAAGUACAUCAGGCAUGUAUAGCACGGAACUGCUACCCUUCGCCGCUGAACUAUUACAAUUUCCCCAAAUCCUGCUGCACCUCUGUGAAUGAGGUCAUCUGCCACGGCAUCCCUGACCGCCGUGCUCUACAAGAAGGCGACAUCCUCAACGUGGAUAUCACCGUCUACCACAAUGGUUACCAUGGAGAUCUGAACGAGACGUUCUUUGUGGGAGAGGUAGACGAGGGAGCAAAGAGACUGGUGCAGACCACUUAUGAAUGCCUCAUGCAAGCCAUAGACUCUGUGAAGCCCGGUGUCCGGUAUCGAGAGCUGGGAAACAUCAUCCAGAAGCACGCGCAGGCCAACGGAUUCUCCGUGGUGCGGAGUUACUGUGGACACGGCAUUCACAAACUGUUCCACACUGCCCCCAAUGUGCCGCACUACGCCAAGAAUAAAGCCGUUGGAGUGAUGAAGCCUGGACAUGUCUUCACCAUUGAGCCUAUGAUAUGUGAAGGUGGUUGGCAGGAUGAAACGUGGCCAGAUGGAUGGACGGCCGUCACUCGUGACGGGAAGCGAUCGGCUCAGUUUGAACACACACUCCUGGUGACAGAGACAGGCUGUGACAUCCUCACACGGCGCCUCGAAGACAACGGCAGGGCCCACUUCCUUUCAUACAUGUAGAAGGAUGGGGUGAGACAGGCUCCUCCGCCCGCCCCCCAUGGAGGAUGUACUUGGCAUGCUCCCUUAUCACCAAUCGGCCAAUCACGUGGUGGAU